CCAAAAGAUGGUGUGCAGCCUGCGGAAUGUGCAUUUUCUGAAGUGUCUUAUGAUGAGUUCAUUUGGAGCGAUCCUUCAAAUAUCUCUAAGUUGGUUGCAUCAGAGGAGGCAGAGUUGGCGAGGAGGAAGUUCAAGCAGAUGGUGGCUGAUAUACCCUCCUUUAGCCUUGGCAUCACACAGGAUGGUGCCUUGCAAGGAGGUGGUGAUCACCAUGUGGUUGAUGUUGGUAAUUGCAGCAACAAUCCAUUUACCCCUGUGCUUGGAGUUAGUAAUGUGAAUCAGGAAAUCGCCAAUGCUUCGAAUGAACCGAGAGGGUGUGGUGAACCUGGAACUAACUUGCAUACGAAAGGUGGGGAAGCAUGUGGCCAAGGGUCUGCCAGUGCUGCCAUAAGAAAACAUGAUACAUCAGUAGUCAAGGAAAAUGAAGAGGGCAUGAUGGAUAAUGUUUUGGGAGAGGCACUGCCUUUCAAAAGUGAGCUGGAAAAGCGAAAUGAACAGCUGAAACCCGCUCGGGUAAUUAAACCAGCAGAAUCUCUACGGUCUCCGUACGUGACAAGAGCAGUGGAUUUGAAUGAUGGUUUGAGUACUAUGGAAAAGAGAUUGGGGAGAUGGAUCUUUAAAAACAGUAGUGCUCCAAGGGAGGAAGUUGUUUUUAAAAAGGGUAAGUUUUGGUUAAGUAGAGAAGAUAUUUGUAGUCUGGACAUAUUGAAACACAUUUCAAAGAAGGUGUUGGAUGCAUGGUGUGUGAUUUUAAAUCUUCGUGAGAAGUACCGGAGCAAUACCUCACCACUACGAUUGUUUGCAAAAACACUUGAUUGUGUAAGUGUUAUGAC